GCAGAGGCGACCCGGCCCCCGCGCUGCUGCCCGGCCCGGCCCCGCCGAGCAGCCCGGCCGAGGUGCUCAUCUCCAAGGAGGAGCGGCAUCCAAACUGAAGGAAAUACCACGCUCCGAAAACCAGGAGGACUCCUUUUUAUUUUUCCUUUGGAAAAGCUGCUUGCCUUCUGAAUGCGGGUGACGGUGGAGAAAAUGAAGCUGAGCCCACAGUUUUUGUUAGCUGCUUUUCUGUCUUUGAUUCUGCAAACGGGGAUUUGCUAUGGAAUAAAAUGGAUAGCUCUGUCCAAGACUCCUGCAGCUUUGGCCCUGAAUCAAACCCAGCAUUGCAAGCAGCUUGAAGGCCUGGUGGUUUCCCAGGUGCAGCUGUGUCGAAGCAACCUGGAGCUAAUGCAGACCAUCAUCCAGGCGGCACGGGAAGUGAUAAAGACCUGCCGUAAAACUUUCUCAGACAUGCGGUGGAACUGCUCUUCCAUUGAUCUGGCUCCUAACUACCUGCUGGACUUAGAGAGAGGCACAAGGGAGUCAGCAUUUGUGUAUGCACUUUCUGCUGCUGCCAUCAGCCACACCAUUGCCAGAGCCUGCACCACAGGGGACCUCCCUGGCUGUUCCUGUGGUCCCAUCCCAGGUGAGACACCUGGACCUGGGUAUCGAUGGGGAGGAUGUGCAGACAACCUCAACUAUGGUCUUAUCAUGGGGUCCAAAUUUUCAGAUGCUCCCAUGAAGAUGAAAAAAUCAGGAUCACAAGCCAAUAAACUGAUGCAUCUGCACAACAGUGAAGUAGGGAGACAGGUCUUGAAAGCCUCUCUUGAAAUGAAAUGUAAGUGCCAUGGAGUUUCUGGGUCAUGCUCUAUCAAGACCUGUUGGAAAGGCCUUCAAGAGCUGCGAGACAUUGCACUGGACCUCAAAAACAAGUAUUUAUCAGCCACCAAGGUUGUUCACCGGCCCAUGGGCACACGCAAAUACCUCGUGCCAAAGGAUAUCGAUAUCAGGCCGGUUAAGGAGACAGAGCUAAUUUACCUGCAGAGCUCGCCCGAUUUCUGUAUGAAGAACGAGAAGGUGGGGUCGCACGGGACCCAGGACAGGCAAUGCAACAAGACCUCCAACGGGAGCGACAGCUGUGACUUGAUGUGCUGCGGCAGAGGCUAUAAUCCCUACAUGGACAAAGUGGUGGAGCGGUGCCACUGCAAAUAUCACUGGUGCUGCUACGUGACCUGUAAAAAGUGCGAGAGGACUGUCGAGAGAUACGUGUGCAAAUGAGACCCUCCUCGCUCCAACCAGGAGCUGAGAUGCCAGCGGCACCCAAGCACUAUUCCCAGAAAACAUUUCCCGACUAGAUGUCGCUUAUCUUGUAAAGACACAGACUGGAAGAAAGAUGGUAGGAGGAGGAAGCAACCACACCAAUAAAAUUAGGACCCUUAAAAAAAAAAAAAGUAAAUGUAAAAAGUGAAAGGUUUUCCCCAACAAUAAAUGCUCUCUGAGAAGAUAAAAACUCAUUUGGGAUGGUAUCUUCUUCCAAAACAUUUCCUAUGGUUGCCAAUGAUGUCCAGCCAUCAAGUGCCUUAGUAUUUUGAGAAACAAAAGUAGAAACUUUCCCCAAGGGAAGAUAAACAACUCCUAUUUGAAAAUAACUAAUGCCCACACCUGCUUAUGCCUUCUAGUGCGGGUAUUAGGUCUGCAUUAGGACCAUCCCAGAAGGGAAAACACUACAACUUUUCAGCAAUAACUAUAUUUGUUGCCAAAGACUUAAUUUUUAGCGUGGAAGCAUCCAGUCAGGUUGGCAAAGGUGGAAAGAUUUUCAGGUUACUCCCCUGAAAUGAACCAGUCCUUUUAACCUUUCUUUUAUGCAGGUCUGCGACUUCAAAGCUACCACUGCGGGAAAAGCUGUCCCCAUUUUAUCAGAACUGGUUUCACACUCAGCCGUUCAAAAAAACCCAUCGGAUACCAAAGGCAGUGAGGAUAGGAUACUCUGAGAAAGGCUUUGUGGGCACGGGGUCCACGGGAUCAUAGUGGAGCGGGUAGGAUGCAGAAACAAAGUGAAAGAGAAAGUAAAAAACAAUUCCUGCUUGCUUUCUCUCCUGCCCUUUGGGUGUUCGCCCUUGAUCACUGUCCCUCCACUGUGUUGGGCCACCCAAGGCCUUUGAAAUCUGCCACCGCCUCUUUUCCCCCAGCAAAUCUGUUGACUGAGCCCUGAGAACCUCCAGAGUCCUCAGCACUGCCCAGUCCCGGCUCUCCAGAGUGCAGGCACGAAGCUUAACAGCUAUUCUCAGCCGACCGAAGUGGGAACACGUGAAUCUUUCACAUGGCCCUGCCCUGACGCGGCAAAGAACCACUAUCUGUGGCUGUACAUAUUUUCUUUUGUACGCGAACAUACAGAAAUAUUUAUAAGAUAUAUCUCGCGCUUUCCUCUAUCCUACUUUAUACAUAAAUAUAUCUAUAUAUUAUAAACAAGCCUUAACAAUAGUAUGAAAUAAAUGCUGAAGUUACUGGUGCAACAGCAAAAUCCUAGAAUUAUGUUUCGCUCAAGGACAUUGUUUCUUACUUGGAAAGCUACUCUAGUUUCCCUCCCAAAGAAGGGAUAAGAGGCAUUCACUGGCGUGGGAUAGAGAAGUUCCUCUAUUCCCUAUCUCCCCAGCCUGUUCAUUUUCAACAGAAUUAGCCAAGAUACAGCUGAGGCAAUGAAAUGGAGUGUUCAGAGAAAGAAAGUCACUGUUCUAGUGCUGUUCUUUAUAUCAACGAUCAUUCUUGCCACUGAAAUAUCCCGGUGCCCUCAAGCAGCGUGUUAACAUAUGUGACUCAUACCUGUCAUGAGUGGUUUGUUCCUUGUUUGCGUGUGAGGAGAAGAGUUGCUGUGCAGUGGAGUUUUUCCUCUGUUUAGCUUCCCUUUGUCUCUGUUUUGUCAUGGACAUCCAGCUCUGCGUCUCUGUUGUGAAAGGCAGCACUGGAGAAGGCUGUCUGCUCCAAGAGCAGAGCCUGUGAAGGCCUUCAGGACUCAAGCAGCCAGCAAAUCUCUUCAUGGAUGAAACUUCUUAUUGACCACAGUGUUCACUCAGAAGCUCCCAGCAUUCCUGUAGAUCCCUGGAUCCAGGUCUCUGAGCAUCUAGAAGAUAAAAUGUUGCCUCAAAGCCACUGCACAGAGAGAAGAAAAGUGUGACGCGCUUGUUGCCCAUCAUCUUUUUGAGGAACGCCAUGGCCAUGAUUAGGGGUGGGAGGAAUUUUUUCCUGGCCAAAUGUAUAUACAAUAAAGAGAUGACGUGCACAGA